CUGGUAGCCCACUGCUUUCCAUGAGGCUGCCUGCGGCACAAGUAGGAUGAAUCCCGCGCGUACACUGUCCAUCACCCACGCUCAGGCUGGUGUACGUUACACCCGGAGUUGUUCCGUCCAUGUGAACGGGCGUGCUCGUGCACUAAGGGACCACUCAGCCGGAGUCCGUGUGGCGCACUCGGCGCAGUAACAACCCGCCAAGGAGACUAGUGCUGGAUUGUCUGGGAUUCGGCGGGCUGGGGGGCAGCUACUGGGUCCUCUCCCUGCCAGUGCCUAUGCUGCUAAUAGUAGCACGCGCGCUUUCUUGCACUGCUGCAGACUAGCGGCACGGUGCUUUCGCCCGGAGGGGAGCUAGGGACGCUCCCUUCCGCCAGCUUUCAGCAGGGGCAGCAGCAUUAAAGGGGCGCCCCACCCGCUGUUGCAUGAAAGGGCCAUUUCAAGUGUGUGUGUGUGUGUGUGGGGGGGGUCAUUCAUUCGGAGGGCGGCUCCCAAUCCUGCAAACCGGGCGUUUAAAACACGCUCGGUCUCUUGCACGGCCCCAGGUCGCUCCGCAUCCAGAGUUACAGCAUUACGAGUCAACUUCAUGCGUGCUACUCGCUGCAUCCCGAGCUCCUGAUUUUAAACGGCUCUUUUGCACGCCGUGUUGGGACACGUGCAUGGUGAAGGAAAAAAAAACAACAACGAUCGCACCCAGGGGAUUUUCAAAGUCCGUAUUGCAAGGGUGAGCGCGACUUCUCAGCGUCCCCGGCAUCCUCACGGCUUGGAUGCUCCUGGCAAGCAGCAGCAGCAGCAGCCCCGACGAGGAGAAGCUGAUCAGGGUCCUGGUGCUGCUGCCCAAGGACAACUCCUACCUGUUCUCCCUGGCCAGGGUCAGGCCAGCCAUCGAGUACGCCGUGCGGAGCCUGCAGGAGAACGGGACCUGCCUGCCGGGCUACCGCUUCGAGGUCAGCUACGAGGACUCGGAGUGCGGCAACCGGGCGCUCUUCAGCCUGGUGGACCUGGUGGCCCUGAAGCAGCAGAAACCGGACCUGCUGCUGGGGCCCGUCUGCGAGUACGCGGCUGCCCCGGUGGCCCGGCUGGCCUCCCACUGGAACCUGCCCAUGAUCUCGGCUGGGGCGCUGGCCACCGGCUUCAGCACCAAGACGGGCGAGUACUCGCACCUGACCCGGGUCUCGCCCGCCUACGCCAAGAUGGGCGAGAUGUUCCUGGCCCUGUUCCGGCACCACAAGUGGAGCCGGGCCACCCUGCUCUACAGCGACAACAACCAGGAGCGCAACUGCUACUUCACCAUGGAGGGGGUGCAUGUGGUCUUCCAGGAGGAGGCGUUCCCCAUGGCCGUGCACAGCUUCGACGAGAGCGGCCGCUACUUGGACCUGGACGAGAUCGUGCGCUCCAUCCAGGCCGGGGAGCGAGUUGUAAUAAUGUGUGCCAGUGGUGACACAAUAAGGAACAUCAUGUUAGCUGCUCAUCGACAAGGAAUGACCAAUGGGGACUACGCUUUCUUCAAUAUUGAACUCUUCAACAGCUCGUCAUAUGGAAAUGGCUCGUGGAAGAGAGGAGACAAACAUGACCUUGAAGCAAAGCAAGCCUACUCAUCCCUCCAAACAGUCACUCUACUGAGGACAGUGAAACCUGAGUUUGAGAGGUUUUCCAUGGAAGUGAAAAGUUCUGUUCAGAAACAAGGUCUCAACGAGGAUGAUUACAGUAACAUGUUUGUGGAAGGAUUCCAUGAUGCCAUUCUCCUCUAUGCUCUGGCUUUGCGUGAAGUCCUAAAAUAUGGUUUUAGCAAGAAGGAUGGGGAUAAAAUUGUUCAUCAGACACGGAACAGGACAUAUGAAGGCAUUGCAGGGCAGGUAUCCAUCGAUGCCAAUGGAGACCGAUAUGGGGAUUUCUCAGUGAUUGCAAUGACCAACCCAGAAGCAGGCACACAGGAGGUGAUUGGGGACUACUAUGGAAAGCAAGGGCGUUUUGAAAUGCGAUCAAAUGUGAAGUAUCCUUGGGGUCCUGGCAAGCUGAGAAUAGAUGAAAACAGAGUUUUAGAGCACACGAACAAUACGCCUUGUAAAUCAUCAGGUGGCCUAGGAGAGUCAGCAGUUACAGGGAUCGUAGUGGGCGCCUUACUUGGAGCAGGAUUACUAAUGGCUUUCUACUUUUUCAGAAAGAAAUACAGAAUAACUAUUGAGAGACGAAGUCAACAGGAAGAGUGUAAUGUGGGCAAGCAUCGGCAGUUACGUGAAGACUCCAUUAGAUCUCAUUUUUCUGCCGCGUAAAGAAGAAAAAAAAAUCCCAUUCUUCCUGAAAAAAACUUUAGGGAAAUGGACAAAACCAAAGACAUCAGUGUAAAAGAAGAGGCUCUUGAAGAACUAAUUCUUUAAGCAGUAGAGUCAUUUUAUCUUAAUUUCUUUCAGAAACUCAGGAAUGAUUUACUAAUCACAUUAUGCCACAUGGCCUUUCAUCUCGUGGGAAAAAAAAAGAUAAUUUCACAUUGUAGGAUGUUCUUAGUGUUUUGAGAGGGUAUUUUCUAAAACAUUUAUUGAGGGCAGCAGUUUUGUGCUUAGGGCUGGGAAUGCUUCUUCCUGACCCCUUCUUUUUAACUCCUAGUUCUUCCUUUCUUAGCUGCAUCACAAGCAAGGAUAUCAAAAUGUGGUUUCAAUGCUGCUUUGCCAUUAAAAUAAAAAUGUCUUCAUUAUGGGCUUCCUGCAUUAUUGAAACCAAUGGGCCACUUUGCCAUGGACCUCAGUGGGUGCAGGAUUAGACCGCUAGAGUUUAAUCUCAGGAGUUGGUACUUGAGAUGUAAAUAACUAUUGAGAAAGUAAAGAAGGUGGAAACACUCAAGUCAUUUUUUCAUUGCACGUACAGUAUCAAAAUCAAGACAGGGAAUACAGAGACUGAAUCUCUUCUCACUUAUACUAGUGUAAGUCAAGAGUAGCUUCAUUGCAGUCAGUGGAGUUUCACUGGUAUGAGACAUAAGCAAGGGGAGAAACAGAACCCUAGAGUGGAUUUGCCUUUUCUUCAGCCUGACAUAUGCUUUUAUAUUAUAACAAAACAUCCCAGAAGAGUCAUCAUCCUUCUCUCUCUCCACCAUCACCACCUCUUAGAAAGGCUAGUGCAGUACCUAAAGGGCCGGCUUCUGCUCCCAUUGAAGUCAAUGGCAGAAGUGCCCCUGAUUUCAGUGAGAGGAGGGUACGAUCCAGACUCUGUAAAUAUUAAUGAUAGGGGGGUGUUUGUACAGUAACGGUAAUUCAAAAGAUUUUUUUUUUUUUUAUAAAAAUGACAUUCCAUGCUAGCAUUUUAUUUUUAGGUAUCUUUAUCUUGUAUUUUUCUAUUAGAAAAUGUCUAUUUUUGCUUUGGUAAAAUUAAAAGUCAAGGUGAGAAGGUUUGAAGAAAUAUUUUUACAGUGUGAAUAAUGUACACAGGAAGUCAUUGAUGUAAAUAAAAGUUAUUUUGGUUUAUGAAUAUUAA